AUGGAGGCGGCAGAUGGCGCUGCCGUUUGUGCCGGCGCCGCCAUCAAGGCCCAGCAGCAGCCGGAGUCGAAGCAGGAGGAGGAUGCCGGCGACCACGUCGCCGUCGACGGUGUGAAGGUCCCGCCCCAGUCCGCCCCUGCCGCGGCGCCCCAGCCUACCCCAGCCGCCAUCAAGGUCCAGCAGCCGGAGCCGAAGCAGGAUGAGGCUCCCGGCGACACCGGCGACGACGUGAAGGUCCCGACCCACCCCGCCCCUGCCGCGACGACCCAGCGUGCCCCAGCCGCCAUCAAGGUCCAGCAGCCGAAGCCGAAGCAGGAGGCUCCCGGCGAAAUGGUCGUCGUCGCCGUCGACGACGUGAAGGUCCCGCCCCAGCCCGCCCCUUCCGCGGCGCCCCAGCCUGACCUAGCCGCACAGACGGCGAAGCUGGCACCCGUGGUGGAGAAUCAGAAGCCGUUGAGCCAGGCGUCGCCCUCUCCCCCGCCCACCCCUGCCGCUUAUCAGCCCGCCGCCAUGGAGGAGCACCUCCGGGACCUCGACGGCCACGACGUCCGCGUGGAGGGCGGGUGGCACACUGCCGCCGCGGUGGGCGGGCAUGGCCUCGCGCCUGCUCACCUACAGGUACGAACGAAUGCACCCUGCUGUUUGGCCUCCUUCUGGCUUCUCCUCCAUCGAUGGAUGGACAAGGGACGGAUGAAUGGCGUGCCGUGUGAGUGUGAUCCAUUUGGCGCCGCCGGCAAGAAUCGUGCUCAUGCUUCUCUCGCGGUGGAUGUCCAGGAACCCGUGCUCCGGCUGGAGGAGAAGCCCGAGAGCCAGCCCUCGUCCUCUCCGGCGCUCGCCGCCGGCGCUGCAGCUACCGCUUAUCAGCGAAUUCCGGCGGUGGACGAUGAUGAGCAGCUCUCCCCGCCGGCCACAGCAUGCCACCAGGUUUGGAUUCGCUCCACCACGCACGGCCAAUGUUCAGUGCAAAUGUUGAUUCUCUCCUUGCUAGUUGGGUGCAUGGUUAUCAUCUGCUAG